CAUUCGCGAAGAUGCCAAAGGUACGACAGCCGACCGCAUUGCAGAAGAUGGCGCUGGAGUCCAUCUUUGAAUACGUUUUCCUCUGCUGCGAUCGAAUCAGCGUCAAAGGCUCCCUGGACGAGCUGAAUCAGGUCAUUUCGGCCAUCAAGAAGGAUGUGAUCAGUCGUAUACCCUGGUUCUCGGUGGCGGACUUUUUGGCCAGGUUCCUGGAGCGGUUCUUUUCCUGUUCACGUCCGCCGAUGCACCUAAAAGCCGCUCUGGAAAUCGUCAUGGACAUAGAAGUAGUCGGUCUGCGAUGCAGAGGGCCGAUCCUGGCCUACCUGGACCCUCAAGAUAGUCGGCGUCUACGGAGACUGGUGGAACUGGAUCUGCACCGCUUUUCAUGCGGAGUUCCCACGAGCGUAUACAACGUUAUGAUAAACUUGAACAUGAACAAUUUCUACUUGAACGAUCUGACGAGUUUCGCGUUCAACGCGGAAUGCACCGACCUUCAUCUCAGCGUGAUCGCCCGGAAUUGCCCCCAACUGCAAGAGGUCAGAGUUCCGAAUUCACAGGAGGUCACGGACCAAGGGCUUGCUACCCUCGAACAGUGCUCUGACCUUCGCUACGUCGACGUUCGCGGAUGCGGAAUAACGCACAGCGGCAUAAACCGCAUGCUGUCGGUGCAGAAGAAGCUGGAAAAGUUCACCCAAGAUUCUUUGGCUACGUGGUCCUGCUUGGACUUGGCAGUGUGUCCCUGGAUCCGUUAUAUCGCUUUCCAUCCCGUUGAAUUUUCGUAUAAGGACCUUCGCAAGAUCGUUACGAAGUUUCCUAAUAUCUCCUAUUUUGAAAUGCGAACCAAUAUCCCGAUAAAUGUGUCCAGUCUUAAGUCCCUUAACAAACUUACUGGACUUGACCUCGAUUUUCCGUUUAAUGACCGUAGGGUCCGUCUCAACUCGAUCUGGGCAGGCAUAAAAGACCUUUUGAAGUUUGUUGGGACUAAUCUGACUACUCUGAAACUCGGCUCAUGGGAUUGCGAGUUUCUUGAUUUCAUAAAUAAAUUAGGGCAGGACGACGUUGAUUUCAUAUUCAAUUCAUGCCCCAAUUUAGAAAGCUUGAAGUUUGAUCACGUAGAAGGGCUUAUCGUUAUUCCGUCUUUUCAAAAGUUGAAAGUAUUGAUGCCGUGUGUAAUCUCUGAGGAUAAUCGUACCGAAAAUCCUACCCGUUAUUCUGACGAAGAAUAUUUUGGAAUGUCUUACCACCCGACGAUAGAGUUCGACAAGUUGCCGAACCUUGAGACUCUCUCGCUUUACAAUUAUAGGGUCAGUGUUCGGACAAUCGAAUCGAUAAUGCUGGAUAAUGACAAAUUUCCAAAAUUGUCCGUUAUCAAAAAUAUCAGCAUGAAGGACGAAGAUUUGGAAGAAAUUCGACGGAUUGCCAGAAUGAAUAAUUUGGAAUUCGAGAUUGAAAAGUAG